AUGAAUAUCUCCACGGCUACGAUCUCACAACCACAUACUUAUAUUUAUGAAAAUUUGUACAAAGAGAUGAAUGUAAGAGGGAAGGAUGUGGUACCUGCACAAGAAGCAGCAGCAUUUUUAAAACGAUCGAACUUGAAUGCUACGACUUUGGGUCAGAUCUGGGAAUUGGCUGAUUAUAGUCGAAAGGGUUACUUGGAUAAAACCGGUGCUUUUAUUGCGUUCAAACUGGUAGCAGCUGUUCAACAAGGACAACCUAUCGCAUGGAAUUCUUUGAUGCUUAAACUAGAACCUCCGUCCUUUGCAUCGAGAUCCGCUACGCCAUCGAUACCUAAUUUUGGUGCCAUAUCAGCUAGUUUUAAUGAGAACUGGGCAAUCAAUCCGGCUGAUCAAGCUAAAUACGACUCAAUCUUUGAUGGUUUGAAUCCAGUUCAAGGAAAAGUGCCCGGUAGUAAGGUACGUCCUGUGCUAUUAAAUUCAGGACUUCCAAGUACAGCAUUAGCAAGAAUAUGGGAGCUGGCAGAUAUGGAUAAGGAUGGCAAGCUUGAUCGAAUUGAAAUGUCUGUUGCACUGCAUUUGGUUUAUUGCGCCCUGCAAGGAGAACCAGUACCAGAUGUCCUACCACCAUCUCUAAUUCAUCCAACAAAACGUGAACUUGUACAGUUUUCAUCGAGUGUUCCUCCGGUUCUAACAUCUCAAUGGAGUGGUGGUCGUCAAAGAACCAGCUCAGUAGUGUCCUUGGAAGGUCCUGAACAUCCAACAUCAGAAUCAGAAAGGGUGCGACCACAAAGCGUCCAACCAACAGCCGUUACCACACCAACCAUUUUUCCAACACUUUCAUUAUCACCUACUGCAGCAUGGCCUGUGCAAUCAACAUGUUAUGAAGCUAGUUUUCAACAGGCGGAUACUGAUCAGGAUGGGUUUGUCUCGGGUACGGAUGUUCGUGAUAUUUUGCUCGCAACAGGUAUACAGCAGAACACAUUGGCGUUGCUUUGGUCGCUUGUAGAUCUGAAGAAGAAUGGAAUGCUUAAUUUGGAGCAAUUUUCUUUGAUCAUGUACCUGAUUGAAAAUCAUAAACGAGGAAAAGCGAUACCGUUUACAUUACCACGGAAUUUGAUACCACCUUCUUUUCGAAAAGUUGAAGCUCCUGCAACCAAUGUAGCUAGUGGUUAUACUAUGCAGAAUACAGUACCAACCGGAAACGAGGAACUGGAUGCGCUGUUGCGCGAAGUUGAAAAACUGAUUCUGGAUCGUCGAGAAGCUGAUCAAGAAAUCGUCCAACUUGAAGCUGACAUGACCGUGAAGAACAGCGAAAUCAAAAAUUUAAAGAUUGAACUAACAACACUGGAAAAUACGGUAACACAGUUGGAAAAACAGAAAAGUGAAGCAGAAAAACGGCUUGAAGCACUUGAUUCACAGAUUAUACAACUGGGACGAAGUGUAGAACAAUCCAAAGAAAAAGUAAAGGAGGAGGAAAAAAGGCUUAGCGAAUUUCAUUCACAAAACACUCAAGAUGGAGAAGAUAAGAGUAUAAAUGAAGAACUGACACAUGUACAACGAGAAGUUCAGUCUUUGGAAGGAGAAAAGAAAACGCUAUCUGUUACUCUUUCACAACAUAAUGCUGCUAUCGAAAAAACAUCACUGGAACUUACGAAAUUUGAAAGGAGGUGUGCAAAUAUAGAAGAGUUAGCAAAACGUAUUGAAAAUGAAAAUGAGAAAUUGAAGAAAGCGGCAGAACGUCUCAAUCAGUUAUUAGAAAGUAACGAUAUCGAAACACUUAAUAAAGAAAAGGAUGAGCUUUUUGGUUUACUCGUGGAAAUCUCUCCGAUUGUUGAAAAUCAAGAUGCUGGCAUCGCUACAGAUCCUUUCGUAACAGCUGUUCGACCAGGCAUUGGAUUUGAAACCGAUCCAUUCGCGAGCACAACUAACUCGUCAUUUACGAAUUUUGAUGCUUUUUCGGGCAAGGACCCAUUCGGUUCAGAUAUAAGUAAUACGAAAUCUCCAUCAGCUAUCGCCACAUCAACAAAAACACCACCACCUCGACCUGCACCACCGAAAUCACUAAAAACUGUGGAAUCGGAUCCUUUUUCUGGCGUAGAUCCAUUUGCUGAAAGUGGAGUAACAGCUACUGCUGCAACAACAGACCAGUUCGCAGAUUUCGCCAACUUUGAUGCCUUUGCGAAGUCUUGA